UCUUCCGUUACCUAAUCCGACCGGUCGCCGAUUCUGACGGAACGUCGGCUCGGCUUAGUGACGUUUCUUCCUGUUCUUACCGGAGUGAAGUGUAUAUCUACUUGGCUAUGUACAGACACGUUUUUCUGACAGGCCCUCCAGGAAUUGGAAAAACCACCUUAAUCCAUAAAGCCUCUGAAGCUUUAAAGUCAUCUGGUACCCCCAUUGAUGGCUUUUACACAGAAGAAGUUAGACAAGGAGGCAGGAGAAUAGGAUUUGAUGUUGUCACUUUAUCUGGAAAACAUGGAAUUUUGUCAAGAAUCGGAGAUGGUGAAUCAGAUGGGAAACGUGAAUACAGAGUUGGGCAGUAUGUUGUGGAUAUUAGUUCAUUUGAGCAUUUGGCACUUCCUAUAUUGGACUGCAUGCUUAAAACUGGAAAUCUGGCACAAAAAUCCAUUUGUGUCAUAGAUGAGAUUGGAAAAAUGGAGCUCUUUAGUCAUAAAUUUAUUUCAGCUGUCCAUAAAGUUUUGGAUUCUGCAAAUGCUGUGGUGUUUGGAACCAUUCCAGUACCAAAAGGAAAACCGCUUCCACUUGUUGAAGAAAUAAGACAUCGUCAGGCUGUUAAAGUGUUUAACAUUACAAAAGAAAACAGAGAUGCUAUGCUGCAAGAAAUAGUGACCACUGUACGGAACUGCAUAUAGGAUGCGCUGUGGUUCAGAAGAGGAGUGGAAAUUAACACGGAUUACCUUAAGGUAUGUUUAUAAACCAUUGAAUUUGACAUUUACCAAACAUUUUCUGCAUGUGUAUGUGUUUUUAAAUGACAUUGACUGGUGAAAGUCAAAUGCACUGCUUUAUAAACAUGCACCAUAGUAAAAUAGGUUGAAAAAAAGACUAAAGUCCAUUGAAUUCAACUCAAAGCAUAGUGUUGGGUUCUUUUGUAAAUACAUUAUUUGUAUGCUUUAAAUAAACUAUAUUAUAUUGAGCUA